CCCCAUAGACAUAUAUACCUUGUACCGCAUGCAAUUGAAAUGCCUUGAAUACUCUUAUAAAAUAAUUCGAGAACUCCCUUCGUAUAGACAUAGACCACAUGAAUUCACGCAGUCCUUGUUUACGUUUGGGAUUAAGGGUAUUAUUUGAGUCUCUGGACUUUAGAAAUUGUUACACAUUCCCAGGGAAGACUGCACGUUUUCACACUUUGUUUACAGAUUGUCAGAAGAGUUCGGUGUUCUUGUUUCAGUUACUUCAAAAACGUUUCCUUCGGAACAAAAACAUGCCAAAGAAAAAUAAAUCGGGUAAAGGCGUGAAAGCACGGUCAGAAGAGACCACACCAGGCCCAAUUUCUCGAAAUAAAACUGGAGGAAUUUCCAUUGCUGUACACGCGAAGCCUGGUUCCAAGCAAAAUGCCAUUACUGAUGUGUCGUCAGAGGCAGUAGGUGUCGCUAUCGCUGCACCCCCAACUGAUGGUGAGGCCAAUACUGAGCUUGUCCGUUAUCUAUCCAAGGUGCUGAACGUGAAGAAAAGCGAAAUAGUUCUCGAUAAGGGCUCUAGAUCCAGAGAGAAGAUCAUUAAUGUGUCUGGAUCAUUAAGCCCUGAAGAAGUCCUGGAGAGACUGAAGGCAGAGUCCUCUCAGUGAUUUCUCUGAUGGUGUCUUACUUGAUUCAGGCAUGUCAGAAAAAAGAACAAUAUUUGCGGAAAACUUACAGACAGAAGACCUUGUGAUGCCACGUGAUUUGUCAUAAUAACCUUCAACAUGUUUCCCUAAGAUUACCCUAUUCUACAUUUCCAUAUACAUUCAUCAUAGUGGAAACAAGAUUCAGUUGACAAGAUAUUUUAACCAAAACACAAUGCCUGCCGAAAUAUUGAUUAUCAUUAUGUUCUUCAUACACUCCAAUAUUGUUGAUUAGCGGUAAAGCAAGUGAGCAGGUUAAAGCACAGAGAAAAAUUCCCUAGAAAAAUGUAAUCUGUGUCUAUAUCUCCACAUAUUAUAGUGUGGCAAGAAAUACUGACACAGUCCAGAAGUCCACAGUCCGCUCAAAAUGCCCAGAGAGGUGUUUCAGAUCCUAUUGUAACAGCUACAAAGACACAUUUAUCACUGAGAAAAGGAAUUUAAUUAAGAUGUUUAAUUAGGAAUUUACAAUUAAUCAAAGAGACAGCAGUCUUAAGGGAUAUUUAUUUUGCUUGACAAAUGGAGAGGUCUGGUGGCUGGCAUUUUUAUUUGUUUAAUUUCAUUGAUUUAAAUUGUUUGUUGUUUAGUCUGAGUAGUUUGGUUUUUCUGUUUUGUGAAUACCAAAUGUGACUGAUGGUGGCAUCAAAUGAUACUACUGUGGACAAUUGUCAACAAUGUCAAAUUCUGCAUCUUAAAGGGUCUUUCUGGUCAGUGGUAGAGUAUCUUACUGUUUAUUUGUAUAUAAAUGCUUGUUUGUGAAAAUAAAAUAGUUGAUUGAUGUUUAUAA